AUGAAUGCAUCAGCCCAGUAAUUACAGUUUUACAUGCAUAUCCCAAUGCGUACACAGUAUAAGCCUCGUAUAGACAGCUCUGGGGCUUGCUGAAAUUUCCCAACAACGGUGAAAUUUCGGUCAAGUUUUCAGACCACCAGAAGUUGUGAUAUACUAAAUUCAACAUGGCCCGCCGUGCAACUCAGACCUCUCUUCUUCUUCUUCACCAUAUGCAACAGUGCCCAGGCCCAAGGACGACUUGAGAAUGGAUUCUCAUCUAAAAACUGUGAGCACUUUCGUGCAGGCCGCCCAGCCCCUGUUGGUGCACGUCAUCUGCGUGCUCGGCCUUGCGAUCCGACCGCGAAGUCUUGCCAUCAGUAUCACGCUCCCGCUAAUGACAUGGGUUCUGUCCAAGUCGCUACUUCGCGAUCCACGUGCGUACGGCGAGGAGUACUCACUCAACAGCUACCUUAUGAUGUUUCCUUGGAUCUGGCUCGACUGGGUUGUGAUGGGCAAUUCCGACCGCGAGCAAUGGCGGCGCAUCGACGCAAAGAGCACGGAGAAAAGUGGCACGAAGGGUGUGAGAGGAGAUGUUCCGAGGAAUUUCAUGGCGAGAUUGAAAUGGGCUGGCCGGCUUACCGCCAAUCCGCGCUUGUUGGGGUAUUCCAGUCAGAUUGCAAAGAUGCCAAAGGGAUAUGCGCCAGAUCUUCCGCGUAGCUGGGCUAUACUGCGGAAAGUCCUCCGAAUGCUGUACUUUGUCGGUGUGAUUGUGGCUAUCAAGUUCGUUUUCGCCCAGACGUCGUACACCACCUACUACGACAAUCACGGGCACCCGAGAUCUGAUGUGCUCACGCGUCCGGGCUGGCUAGAAGGCAUGUUGUUUGCAUGGCUAUUCAUCCUCAGCGGCUAUGCCGGCAUCGAAGCAUGCUUUGCCCUCACCGCCGUCGUUGCUCUCGCACUUGGCUCCCCAGUCCACACCGUCCCGCCCGCCGGCGGCGACGCCACGCAAAUGUACACGGUCCGCAAGUGCUGGGGCGAGGUAUGGCAUGGUCUUCUCCGCAGGCUCUGUACGGCACCAGGCAAUUACCUUGCCCAUGACGUUUUCCACCUUGCGCGCGGCACUUUUGGCUCCAGGUACCUCAAGCUGUUCGUCGCAUUCUUUGUCAGCGCCUGUGUACAUAGCUUCGGCGCCAUGCUCACGAUGCGUACCUUUCAGGAUAACGGCGAUUUCGCGUGGUUCUUCGCGCAAGCCAUCGCCAUCUUUGUCGAGGACCAUGUCAUCUUGUUCGGCAAGAAGAUCUUUGGCACGCAGCAUGCCACCUUUUGGCGAACGGUGGGCUAUGCGUGGGUCAUAGUGUGGUAUGGCUUGUCGAUACAGCACUACCUGUUCUCCAUGUAUUCGCGAGGGAUGUCAAUGGUUUCCUGAUGGGUGGGCAUGUUGGUAAGGAAGAAGUCCUACCCUUGUGAUGGCAAUAGAGAGCGUAAUAAGAUAGAC